ACCGUGCAGGGACAUAGCGGUAGCAGGCUGGCACGGAAAGGGUGGCGCGCCCCGCUGCCAGAUGCAGCCAGGUGGGAGCUGCGCGGCGAUUGGCGGGCAGCCAGUGACGUCACGGAUGCUUACCCCCGGCCGGCCGCGGGUGUGGGCCAGUCGCUGCGCGAAGCUCGGGGAUAUCGGGUGGGAGCUGGGACCUUAUCCGUGCAACAUGCGGGAUGCCCGGGCGCAGGAGGUGUGAGCAGGGAGCUGUGCUGCCUUACCACUGACCUACAGGGUCACCAUGAGCUCCGAGAGCGGGAGCUCCCCCUGGGAGAGCACAGAUUUUUUCUAUAAUAUCUCCGACCCUCAUUGGCCAGUGACUAUGGAAAAUGACACCUGGAAAAACUCGACAAGCCUUCCUACCCAAACUUCCAAUGAUACAACACUGCUUCCUGGGCAGUACCAAACAAUGGAGAUGAUCUUCAUCGCCACAGUGACCGGUUCGCUCAGCUUGGUCACGGUGGUGGGCAACAUCUUGGUCAUGCUCUCCAUCAAGGUCAACCGCCAACUACAGACGGUGAACAAUUAUUUUCUCUUCAGCCUUGCCUGCGCUGAUCUGAUCAUUGGCGUUUUCUCCAUGAAUCUUUACUCGGUGUACAUCAUUAAGGGCUACUGGCCACUUGGACCCAUUGUUUGUGACCUGUGGCUGGCGCUGGACUAUGUGGUCAGCAAUGCCUCUGUAAUGAACCUCCUCAUAAUAAGCUUUGACCGGUAUUUUUGUGUUACCAAACCAUUGACCUAUCCCGCUCGAAGAACUACCAAGAUGGCAGGGUUAAUGAUUGCAGCUGCUUGGCUUCUCUCGUUUGCACUUUGGGCACCUGCCAUCCUAUUCUGGCAGUUCAUCGUGGGUGAGAGGACAGUGAAAGACAGAGAAUGCUACAUCCAGUUUCUCUCCAACCCAGCAGUAACUUUUGGCACAGCAAUAGCUGCCUUCUAUCUGCCUGUGGUCAUCAUGACUAUCCUGUAUAUUCACAUUUCCUUGGCAAGCAAGAGUCGGGUCCGCAGGCACUGUCCCGAGCCCCGACCGGAGAAGAAGACCAAACCAAUAAGUUCCAUGAAAAGCCCUCUAAUCAAACAGAUCAAGAGUCCUCCUACAACCGAGGCUGUGGAAGUAAAAGGUGAAGAGAAGAAUGGAGUGAAGAAUGGGAAAAUAGAGAAGUCAUUGACCAACCUUCAAACUGUGGAAGAAAAGGAGACCUCCAAUGAAUCUAGUACAGCUAGCAUGACCAAUAACCCUCAGGAGAAGCAAUUAUCGAAUGAUCCCCCUACUGGUGUUGUCUUGGCUCCCACUCAGAGCUUGCAGCCAUUGCACCCAAGGGUCAAUGCUGCGUCGAAGUGGUCUAAAAUCAAGAUUGUCACCAAACAGACAGGCAAUGAGUGUGUGACAGCUAUUGAGAUAGUACCAGAAUGUGCAAUUCCUCUGCACCAAGACUCGUCCCUGCCCAACACACGUCCAGCCAACGUGGCAAGGAAGUUUGCUAGUAUUGCCCGCAACCAAGUGAGAAAAAAAAGGCAGAUGGCAGCGAGGGAGAAAAAAGUAACCAGGACCAUCUUUGCUAUACUAUUAGCCUUCAUUCUCACCUGGACGCCUUACAAUGUGAUGGUCCUAAUAAAUACAUUCUGUGAGACUUGCAUCCCCGAAACUGUGUGGUACAUAGGCUACUGGCUCUGCUAUGUGAACAGCACAAUAAACCCAGCCUGCUAUGCGCUGUGUAAUGCCACUUUCAAAAAGACUUUCAAGCAUCUACUCAUGUGUCAGUACAGGAAUAUCGGCAUGGCCAGAUAGGCUUCAGUCAUUUACCUUGUCUGGGAUUGUUUCACUUCUUAUGGUGAAAGAAAAGGCUGAGAAUAUACAGGGGCUUAAGAGUAAAGAAAACUGUUCUCUGUGAUUUACGUCAAUGAUAUGUACUACUGUAGCCACAGGAUUGCAAGAGGACAUGAGUUGAAUGCAAUCGGCACCAUUGUUAAAAACAAGUCCUGUUUUGAAGGACAUGUGUAAGUAAAUAAACAUUUUUUAAAGAAAGUAAAAAAAAAAAACAGGCUGGGAUUUUCCAUGCACAGUGAACAAAUGGAAAGCACCGUAUGUUAAAGAACCAUACACAUCCUUGGGUAGUAAUGACUAGAUGUUCACCAGGAAAGUAAAAUCAUGCUCCAGGUACCAGAUGGUAACUACUCGGAACUAUCUUUGGCCUUCUGCAAGUAUUCCUCAUGCCGAUGUGACAACAAUCCUGGAGAUCAUCAAUCAGUCAAUGACAUAGCUAACAUAUCAAUGCUCUGCUUUUCCUACUUUCCUGCUGCCCUCAGGUGAACUGCUCUUCAUUCAUGGUUUCAAAGGGACCAUUUCAGAUUUUAGCCCAACCAAGCACCUCCUGUAUGCCAGUUUUAUCUGCUGCCCUCAGCUUUUCUGCAAGUCACUUCUAUGCUAACCUUUGGUGGGACAUUAAAUCAACCGUGAAAAGUCCCUGCCCUAUUCUAUUUCUGUAAUGUUGACAUCCUCAGAACCACUGCCAAUCACGAAGGCCUCUUUGGGAUGGUAUUGUCUGAAGCUGAGGGCAAUUCUGUUUCCUGAAAUUUUAUAGCCGGAUCUGGAGUGCCCUGAACCUCAUUUUUGACCUCCUGAAAACUAUUAUUUGUUGCAUACCGUUGAUACACCUGACCUUUAUACUGGUCUUACCCAUCCUGCUAUCUGGAAACACUAUACCACAUUUUAGGCUAACUCAGGCUGAGCACAUAAUGAGAGACUAAACAAUGCUGAAUCAAUGUUUCUUUAACCUGUUAGUCAAGCAGUCACCUAAGCUUAGUUCAGAAGGGUCAUAAUUAUCUAUUACAGCUUCAUUGCAUUUUUUGACUUGAUUCAAGUUAGACUUUAUGAAGAAAAUAACGGCAUCCCAGCUUGUGAAGAACCACAUGUCCCAUGAUGCUCAGCAAGCCACUGAGGAGAAAUGUGGUUCAGCAGUAUGAGUACUCAAGGUCACCCAUAUUUAGCGCAUUAAAAAACCUCAUGGUUAUGGAGUUUGCCCAAUUCCUAAAAGACAUCCAAACUCCUUUCAUGGUGGCAAUAUCAGAAAUCAAUUAUAUCAUUAUAUAGUAAAUAAUAUCACCUAAGCCGGUCUCUGUAAGAAGUUUGAAUAUUAGGAAAAUAAAUAUUGCACAAUAAAUAAAUAAAUAUUGAAUUCCCAAAUCUGGAAACUGGGACACAGUGGGAUACAAAAACAUUGCUUAAAAACAAAAAGUGGGUCAAUUUCUUUAUAUUUGGCCAAUUUUGCUAUAUUGCCCAAAUGGAAUGCAUUCAGGCCAGAUAACGUCAUCCCACACGCAAGCUGUCUUGACUACUUCGGACUAGAUAGAGGGAUCAAGUUAGUGUAAAAAGUUUUAACUUGCCUUUAGGAAGAGAUAACUAACAGCAGGGCAAGGUCAAUACUUGGCGAGUAACUUUGGGUAGGUUUACAAGCAGCUGAUUCAUUGUUGCCUGAGCACGGGGGGGAUUCACUUAUUUUAUUGUGGCCGCAGCUUCCAUUGCGCUAUUAAAUAGUUUGUGCCAAUGGGCAUGAGUACUGCGGAUACACCCAUUAUUUCUGCUUCCACCCUCCUGGAGUAGCGAGCACAAAUCCACCCAAAGUUGGGUGCCCAAACACAGAGCGCCCAGUAGUUUGCAUGGGUUUUUAGCAACUUGACACUACUAAACCGAGUGCGCUAUGCACUAUAAGUGAUGGGCGCAAGCAGUGGGAGUGGCCUCUGGGCACAAGUAAAGUCCCCAGUGGCACAAACAACUGAAUUAUGACAUGUGCUGCGGGCAUGAGAAAACAAUUGAAUUGCACCUUACAACAUGACAAAGUAGUGAUCUUGCGUAGUCCAUAUGGACAAAGAGAUGAAAUGUCAGCCAUUUUUCUAGAGUGCUAAAUAAUUGACAAUCCCAUCAUUAUUUCUGCAUGAUCGCUGUAAAGGGCGGCACCACAGGGUCUUCUAUUAAGACACGGGCUUAUGUAAUAGGGUCUGAGUUUGCUGGAAGUGCGGGAUACCUGCCGAUAUCUGACCUGUUUUUUAAAGCGGCAAUCAUUUACAAGGCAUAGUUUUACCUUGUAAAUACUUGUCCCUUCAAGAAAACAUCCGAUAUCGGCCGGCAUCCCGCAACUCUGGCAAACUCAGACCCUAUUACAUAUGCCCCACAGAGUCCAACUGGCAGUGGAAGGGCUAAAGAGCAUGGCAUACGGCAAAAUAUAUUUAAUCAUUUUUAGAAGAGCCUGACUUCUUGUUAUACGUGAUCAUAGUUGCCAUACUGACUUAUUGCUUCAUUCCAAAUUCCACGGGACGAGGAGAUUGUGUGGCACCUGUAGACAGCCCAAUAACAUUGUUUCUGGAACCUGGUCCUCAAGUUCACCCAACAGGUCAUGUUUUCAGGAUAUUCUUAACUAUGUACGGCAAAGAUAAUCUAUUGUGGCGAGGAAUUAUCCCACCUCUUCCCAAAAAGGGGAAUUCUCAGAACAUGACUUGUUGGGAUUCAAAAACAUCAGAGAAGAUCUUACCAUGCACCAAUCUCCUAUACACUAUAGAGGCACCCUAUUUAUUUGGCAGAACCAAUAUCAUAAAUGACAAUAUUUCCUAGUGCAUUGUCAGUAAUAUUGGUAGUACACGCAGAACAGCACCCCCAGUGGGUGACCUUGAGUUCUUUUUAUCCUGUGCACUGUAAGCUCUGUGCAAUAUUUCCUAUUUAUUGGUCGGAUUGAGAUAUGUUUCUAUAGCCAUGGUCAUUGUGGGACAUCUGACAGUGUCUGCAAUGCUGUAUAUACAGUAGGUUGGGGGAGACCGCGCAGUGUUGCUUUAUGUGCGAGAUGGAAGCGGUAGACUGGUUUCAUAUGUUACAGCUGCAGGAAUUAAAUGACACAAAACUGCUGGUGUGAAGUUGAGAGGAACUGGGAAAAGAAUAUACUUCUAUUCAGCCGGCAUUGCCGCAGUCACAUGAUGUCACCAAUGUGCACGGCAACUGGAAGAUAAACUGGACACGGCUACUGGCGAAAGUGUAAAAGUAUCAUAAGGACACUUCACAGACAGGAUGGAAAGUGAGAAAGUGACAGAAUGUUCUCUUUAAAUUAUUUUUGUUACCCUCCUAAAAAUAAAUAAAGGUAUCUGUUAUAUGA